AUGUCCAAGUCAAGAUACUCAGAAUUAUCUAGAGCAAGUUAAAAAACUUAGCAACUUAUGGAAGAAAUAAGCUCAAUGAAUGAAUCAAAGUUAGUUAAAGCCCAAGGAGCUAUUGAUGCGAAUACUCUUUACAAUAUAUGGGCUGCAUUAGGGAGCCUCAUUUCCAAGAGCUUAAAACUUGGUAGAGCUUUGCAGAUCCCAAAAUUUGGAACUUUUACAUUUUCAUAUCCAGAAAUAGAUUUAAAACAUACUACAAAUGCUGAAAGUAGAAACUCUGAAAAUAGAGAACCUGUUUUUAUUGUUUCUAAAGAAUUUGCUUAGGGAUCUGAAAUUAAAAGUGGAGUCUUCAGAGAGAAAGGUUUGAGGCCAUUUCAACUAACAAGUCUAAAUGGAAAUAUCUAAAUGACCUAACUUUCAUUUACAGAGCUUGGAGCUCUUUCUAAAACAGACAAGGAUAUUGCCUACUUGGCUAUUUAAAGGAUAAAAUAUCGACUUGAACAACUAAUAAAAUAGAAUCCAUUAAAUGAAGCUAUCGUUUUGGAAAUACCUUGCGUGGGUACUUUGAUGAUAAAAAAUAGUGUUUGCGCUGUAAAUUUUAGUGAAUUUCUUGUCGUUCAAUUACAAGGAAUAUUCAAAGAAACCAUGGACUAGAGGAGAAGCAAAAUAAGCAAUUUAACUUCUUUGAAGCUUUAGCAACUAGAAGAAAACUAUAAAAACUUAGAUGAAGGGGCUAAAUAAUGGUUGGGAAAAAAUCUAAAUAUUGAUGCAGAAAAAGAUUGGAAAAGAAAGAUUUUUUUUGCCAAAACUCCUGAUGCUCUUUCAAUAAAAAAUGAUGAUAUUAUAUCACAAUUCUAGAGGACAUCGUGCUCUACUCUUUUUGGCACAGUAGGCAAUAAGGCCUAUAGGCCAAAAAGAUUUUCAGAUAAACCAGAAAAAUUUAAAACAGAAAGCGACACAACCAGUGUUAACAAUUAGCCUAAAGAAAGCGCUGCAUAAACAAUAGCCAACUAUAAGAUAUUUAAACAAUUUUAAAAUUUUAUAAAAAACAAAUUUAUGAGCUCUGAAGCAAGCUUUAAAUUAGUUCUAAAUGAAGGAACUGGAAAUCAACAUUUGAAAAAUUUAAUGAUUGAUUAGACUACAUUUAAGGGCGGCUUGUAAAAAAUCAGCUUUGAAAUAUCAGAUUAAGAUUUAGAAUAGCUCUUCAAAUUCAUAGACAAUAAAAAAGACGGACUUAUUGAUUAAGAAGAAUGGAAUUAGCACUUUACUUUUGACAGAACUCCUUAAGAAUGGAUUUAAUCAGUCAAAAGUAGAGAGAAUAUAAAUUAAUCUGAAUUAAUGAAAAAUAUGGGAAUUUCUAAAAAUAAAUUGGAACUCUCUUUUUAAGAUGUUGUUAUAUGUAUUAAAAGGCUUAUGAAUUGCAAGCUGAACGAAUCUGACAAAAUAACAAAAUUUAUACUCAAAGAUAAAUAGUCUAUUAGUGUUAAAAACCUAAUUUCUGUUUUUACCAAUUAAAGUAGCAGUACUCUAAUUUAAAUUAAUGAAUAAGACGGGUUAAAAUCUGAAGCACUUUAACAAGGCUCUAAGGUUUUAGACAAGAAAAAACAAAAUUUAAAAGAUGGAGGAGAUAAUUCCGAUGAAUGGCUUAUGGAAAUGUAUAAAAAAAUUAAAAGAAAUUUAAAUUCAAGGUUAGACAAAGAUGUUUUACAAAAUAAAUUACAACAAAUGGAUGCUCAUAAUAGAGGAUAUUUAGAUAUGAUAAAUUUUAGCAGUUGCUUACUUUAAUGCAAAUUAGGUUUGAAUCCUUAAGAAAUAGAUAAAAUUUGUGAGUUAAUAGAAAAAUCUGAUGCAUCACUUCAUAUAGAUUAUUCUAAAUUCUUAUAGAAAGUUGAAAAUUCACUUAAGAUUUAAAAUUCUAAAGAAGGACUUGAUUUUAUUGCUACAUAAAUUUAGAAUUAUAUAAAAAUGUAUUGCAAUAAUGAUGUCCACAAGUUUUUGUAAAAGCUCAAACUAGUUAAUCAGCAAAAAAAAAGCAAUUAAAAUACAGAAGGAAUGCUUUUAAACAAUUUUGUGAAAGGUUUGCAGCAACUCAUUUUUUAGAAAGAUCCUCAAAUCAUAGCAAACAGUUGCGAUAUUAUAGAUAUAGACAAGGACGGAUUUAUUGAUAAGUUUGACUUAGAAACAUUUCUGAAGAGAUAUUCGUAUAUACAAUCGUCUAUAGGCCAUAAUGAUUUUAGCCAAUCCGAUUUUACCAAAAAUCAAGAAAAUUACAGAGUUUUUCCUACUAAAGAAAUUUAAACUGAUUAACUGGAAAGAAUUAUCAGAGAUUUAAAAAAUCACUUAGUAGAAAGAAAGAUUUCUCUUUAUGAUAGUUUCAAGUUUUUAGAUAGUAAUAAUGAUGGUUUUAUAACUAUUUCUGAAUUAAAUGAGAACCUAUAGAAAAAUUUGCAAUUUUAGCUAAGUUAGUUGGCAAUAAAUGGACUCUUUUCCUAUUUAGACUACCUAAGAAUAGGAAUGUUUGAUUAUUCUAGGUGGCAUUAAGUUUUAUCUAGAAUUAUCUUGCAAACAGAGCCUAUAAUAAGCGAUAACUUCGAUUACUAGUAUUAGCUUAUUAAAUAAGUUCAAGAAUGGUUUGCAAUUCAAAACAUGAGCUCGCUAGAUGCUUUCAGGAUUGCUGAUAAGGAUUUUGAUGGGUAUAUUAAUAAAGAAGAUUUAAAGAAAUUCCUUCUAGAAAAUGUGAAUGUGAGUUCAAAAGAAUUAACAGUUCAAAACUUAGAUAGACUUUUUAAAUUAAUUGACAGAUCUAAGAAAAAUAGCAUAGACAGAAAUGAUUUUAUAGUAUUAAUAGAUCCAAAGAAUUAAAUAAGUUAAAUAAGUUAGAAGAGCUUAAAGUCAUUUAAAUCAAUAGGAAGAUACUAAACAGUCUCUGACUCAAUAAAGACUAGCGAAUCUAAUGGGUUUGAACCAGAUAACUAAAAUUGGAUAAAAAAUUGCUUAUAGUAAAUAUCUAUUUACUUUUCUAAAUAAGAAAAAAAUAUAUAAGAGUAAUUUGAGAUUGUCUCUGGAUAUAAACCCUAAGUUACUUAUUCACGGUUUGUAAAAUGGAUAGAGCAAUCUGAUGCUCUCCAUGGCUUUAAUCUUACAGACAAGCUUUCUUAGCAAUUAUUUUCCUAUCUAGAUCCUCACAAAAAAGGUUUUAUAACAAUAAAGGAUUGGAAAAAUUGCUUAUCAAAUUACUUAGGAUAUGAAGAAGUCAAAUUGAAAGAAAUUAAAGAAGCCCUGCUUAGUAGUUUUAGUACUAUUUUGGAAGGAUUCAAUUAUCUAUCGAAUAAUAAACUAACUAUUAAUUUUCUUAAUUUCUCUAAGGCAAUGAGCAACUUAUUUCCAGGUCAAUAUAAUUCAACGAUUAAAUAAAAAAUAUGGCUAUAAAUGAUUCAACAAAUAGGAAUCAAUGUAUAAUUAGCUUUAAAAAGCACAAUUGAUUUCUAGCAAUUUUGCUAAAUAUUUGAGUUAGAUUCAAAAGACCAACAGAUUAUUAGCAAUAGUUUCAAACAAAAAUCAUUUAAGUCUUCAAAUAUCUCUAGCCUUUGCUCAAGCUCGUUUCCUCCUUAAGAGAGUGUUUGCUAUGAUGAUUGUGCUAAGGCUUUCAAGAGGAUGAAAAAUUUACUAUUCUUAAGCAACAAGAACAUACUGCAGGAGUUUUAGAAAGUUGAUACUUCUGGAUUGGGAUAUGUAAGUAUUAUAGAAUUCAAGAAUAUUUUACAAAAUUUGAACCUAGGUUUAAGUGGAUCUGAUAUUAAUUUGAUAAUUUAAUUUAUUGAUCCCACAUCUUCUAAAGUUUGCAGCUACAAAUAAUUCUUAAAAAGCAUAAAAAUUGAUAGUAAUACUGAAUCUAUUCUUAAGAGAUCAAGCAACCGCAUAGUGACUCUUAGGAAAGCUCUAUAUGAAUAUAUGAUCACACCAAAAGAUGCAUUUAGAUAAGCUGAUUCUUCUAAAAAGGGUUACAUGAAUUUCUAAGAUUUUAGCAAAUUUAUGGAAUAAAUUCAAAAUCUUUCAAAAUCAGAAGAACAUCUUGGUUUUUAGAUUUUAAGGGAUAUGUUUGACUUUAUUGAUGUGAAAGGAGAUGGGAUUAUUGAUCUUUAAGAGUGGUUAUCUGCUUUCAUGAAAUACGAAGAUUGUAGAGUGAGAAGGUUUGGAUUCUCAUCACAUUCUAAUUAAGAAGAGAGUUCAAAAGAAAAUUCGAUAGAUUUUAAAACAAAGGGGAACCAGUCUGUAAGAAAUGAAAAUUACAAGCAAGUAAUAUCAGCUAGCAAAACGAUGAUGGAUUUCUUACCAAAAAAGCUAGAAAAUUUUAAUAGUAGGUCAAAGCAAAAGACUAAUACAACUGUAAAGAGUCUUUUAAAUUAAAGUAGCAAGUAAUUAAUGCAGACACUGAGUGAUUCAAAAAUAAUAAAAAGUAUAAACGAUUACUAUGCACAAAACAGUAUAAAUCCUACUUAGUGGGAAUAAUCAAGCGAAUAUGAUAAAACUUAAAUGACUAUAGCAAGAAAUAGAAAGCAACUCCUUUAAUAAUUUAUGGAAGCUCACUAAAUUAUUGCUACCUCUCAGGGUGAAAAGCCGAAAAAAGAAGUUCAACAACAAGAUUAAAACAAUGAGGGAAGGAGUGGAUCACCUAAAAAGAGAUCUAUAUCCUUACCUAAAGUAGUUUCGAGUCAGAAUUCAUAAAAUUUAUUCUUGCCCACACAUAUUGUCUAAAAUAUUAUUAGCAACUUACUUGAAUCUCAAAAAAUAUAAGUUCAUUAAAAUUCUUGGUAAACAUUACUUGGAUUUGCAGAAAAACAACAAGGAUAAAUUGAUUUUAGAUUCUUACUGGAAGUCUAUAAGAAUAAGCUCAUACACUUAGAAGCUCCUCCCAACAUUCUUAAUCAGAAAUUGCAAUCUAAUAUACAGCAUGCAUGA